GCGCGGGGCGCAGCGGGCCGCCGGCCCGGGCGGAGCGCUGCCAGCCCUUCCUGGAAGUGCUGAGCCGCGCUCGGCGCCGCGAGUUCAUGCGCCGCUUUGCCAAGCCGCAGCCGCCGGGAUCUCGGGAGGCUGCAGCCGCCGCGCCGCCCGCGCUCCUGCGCCCGCUCGCCGCGCCCCGGGGAGCUGCCCGGGGGGCCCCCGCCGCGGCCCCCUCGCACAUGAAGAUGUACGUGCAAAGGGCUCUGGUGCUGCUCUGCCUGCUGAGCUUCGCCACCGUGAGCCUCUCGCUGUCCUCCUGCACCACCUUGGACCUCGACCACAUCAAGAAGAAGCGGGUGGAAGCCAUUCGGGGGCAGAUCCUGAGCAAGCUGCGCCUCACCAGCCCCCCGGAGACCGUGGGGCCGGCCCAUGUGCCCUACCAGAUCCUGGCCCUCUAUAACAGCACCCGGGAGCUGCUGGAGGAGAUGGAGGAGGAGAAGGAGGAGAGCUGCUCUCAGGACAACACCGAGUCCGAAUACUACGCCAAGGAGAUCCAUAAAUUUGACAUGAUCCAGGGCCUCCCGGAGCACAAUGAACUGGGCAUUUGCCCAAAAGGUGUCACCUCCAAUGUGUUCCGCUUUAACGUGUCCUCAGCAGAGAAGAAUAGCACCAACCUGUUCCGGGCCGAGUUUCGGGUGCUGCGUGUGCCCAACCCAAGCUCCAAACGCAGUGAGCAGCGCAUUGAGCUCUUCCAGAUCCUUCGGCCGGAUGAGCACAUAGCAAAGCAGCGCUACCUCAGUGGCAGGAAUGUGCAGACGCGGGGCUCCCCGGAGUGGCUGUCCUUCGACGUCACCGAGACCGUGCGUGAGUGGCUCCUGCACAGAGAGUCCAACCUGGGCCUGGAAAUUAGUAUACAUUGUCCUUGCCAUACUUUUCAGCCCAAUGGGGACAUUGUGGAGAAUUUGCACGAGGUGUUGGAGAUCAAAUUCAAAGGCAUUGACAGUGAGGAUGACUAUGGCCGUGGGGACUUGGGGCGCCUGAAGAAGCAGAAAGACCUGCAUAAUCCCCACCUCAUUUUGAUGAUGUUACCCCCGCAUCGGCUGGAGGGUCCAUCACUGGGAGGCCAGAGAAAGAAACGAGCCCUUGACACCAACUACUGUUUCCGGAACCUGGAGGAGAACUGCUGCGUGCGUCCUCUUUACAUUGACUUCCGACAGGACCUGGGCUGGAAAUGGGUCCACGAGCCUAAGGGCUACUUUGCUAACUUUUGCUCAGGCCCUUGUCCAUACCUCCGCAGUGCAGACACGACGCACAGCACGGUACAUCCAGCACAUUAUCCUUCUAGGGCUUGUGGCUGUGGCUUCCCCUUCGUCCCUAAGCCUGAUCUCAUCUGGUCUCUUCAGUGCAGCAAUAACAGUCCAGAUCAGUACUUUAAAAAAAAAAAAACUCUUGAGAGUAAUUCAGGGGGACAGUGUAGGUGGGUCAGCCAGACAGGACGGACUUCCUUUGAAGUAAGUACUGCAUCCAUGCUUCAGCCAAAUGUUGAGGAGGAGGAGAAGGCUGCUGUCUCUUGGAUGAGAUGUAAAAACAGCAGGUCUGAUGAUACUAGGAUACCUAUUUAGUAGUGGUCAGGGUAUUAAUGGAAUUGUUCACAUUAAAAGUGAACUCUGAUACUUAUGUUCUGUCUAAAUUUUCUGCAGUUUAGACAGAGGAUUUUUCUGCACUCUGUAUCAGGUUGUCGUGUAAAACCUGUGCUACGGCACACAGCUGCUGUCCUACCACAGGGCCAGCUGGAGCCCAGGACUGAAGGGGGAUCUGUGUCUAUGUCCAGAAGUGAACAUGGCCAUGCAGUAAGCUCUCCUUUCUGCAUAGGCAUCCUUUACAGCUGUAUGAAUCCAACCUGACCUAUGGUGGAGAGGAGCCCCCUAGGCAGUGAGAUUCAUGCAUAAAACUGGCUGAAAGCAAAUGUUUCUAGGUAACUCAAGCAUAACUUCUGUUUGAUAUGAGUACACUGGGCAAUCUCUGGAGAAUAGCAUCUGACACUGGCUAAUGUCUACAGCAAAGGAAGAAAAAAGAGCAAUACAAAUGAAUGGACAUGGCAGGAGCCUACCAAGGGGAGAAGACAGACUAAUGGGCAGCUCAUCAUUAAAGCAAGAAAAGCCAGAGGAAAAUGCGCUUCUGCCCACAAAACAAAAGGCAGCAAGGCAGGCAAUGCAACAGCUCACUAGCAACUUAGCUUCAGGCUCCACUAACAAAGUUACUGGAAAAGCAGAUUUAGGGAAAGAAUAGCUAACUAGGCAAAGAUGAUAUUUUGGGAAAGACUGUAACAAUUUCUUGAUAGAUUGAGAGUCCACACAGCAGCAAGCCUUGUUGAAGAAGUGGACUGAUGCUAGAUAUUAAGCACAAGGCAGAGCAAGUGAAAUCAGCAGCUUAGACAGAACAACAUGCAUGUGGGGUAGUACCUUUUCUAUCCACUUGCCCUGAGGAGCUCUCUAGUAGAUACUGGAUGGAAUCAGUGUGAGUGAAAGGAGAAUUUAAGGUGGUUCCUAAUGCUCUUUUCCUGAGCAAGAAAAGAACCGAUCACAGAAUGGUUGCGUUUGGAAAGGACCUUUAAAGAUCGUCUUUUAAAUGUCUCCAAAGAUGGAGCGUCUACAACCUCUCUGGGCAACCUGUUCCAGUCCUCAGUCACCCUCAAGAUAGAUAAAAAAAACUUUUUCCUUA